CUCUGAAUCAGGAAAUUAGUUCUCAAAUUACCGUUAGCAUUCCUUUGUUCUACAAAAUUGAGAUCCUCUUAAGCCAAUAAUAAUAACUGUAAAAUUACAUUUUGUUAAGUUGAAGCCCACCAGAAGCUAAAUAGCGAGAGUUACGCAAUUUAAAACCUGACGCGCGCAAUGAUAUACAUUGUCAUCUGUCAAAAUUUCCCGCAAUAUCCAUGUACACGAAAGUGAUUGUUUUGGUGAAAGACUUUUGAUUAAAAAUUUAAGAUGGCACAAGGAGACCCACGAAAAUGGCAUAUGCCGGGAUGGAGAAUAGAACAAAAAUACUCACCAGGUGUUCUUAUUGGAAACUGGGACGAAGACAGAUAUAUGUUUCAAAGGGGAAAUCAAAAGCACAACAGUACACAUAGAGUAGAUUUUCGUAAUUAUGGUGGUCACAGGCCGGAUGUAGUUGUUCGUAGAAAGGCCUUGUUAAGAAAUGAUGGUCUUGGACCUGAGAAUUUGUUUUGGCACCAUGGCCAGAGGUACACCAACAACAUGUUGUCUUGGUACGACGAACACUACAACGGCCGAUGGCAGGAAAACAACUUCCCACCAAGCAGACAGUGGAACAGCCAUCAGUUGGCAUGGGGACCUGAAAAAUCAGACUAUCCUUUACAAGUUUCUAGAGAAAGUAAAAGAGGAGGAGCAAAUCCCACAAACUUUGGGCUGUUGCAGAGUUUACAGGAAAAAUGGAAGUCACAAAUUGCUGAUGAGACAAGGGGAGAUUUUCAGUCCACAUACAGCUCUUCAUUUGCUGGUCAUAACAAUGAUGCUAUGACCAGAGUUAGAUAUGCAGUACCUCGAGAGCAGUCCACCAAUCUCCAUCCAGUAAACAAAGUGAACAAGGAUCUCCACUUCAGAGGAGUGUCAGCUUUAAAGUCUCCAGAAAAACUCCCAGAAAUGCCAUUGAGAUCUAUGACAGUGGUCGGAUAAUUCUUGACAAUAAAACUUUUUUUCUUCAGUUUUUUUUUUUAAAAUCAGUUAAAAAAAUAAUUCUUCAGGUAUUAAAAAAGAUUUUAUGUUAAGCUAGUGUCUUGACUGUAUUUAUUGUCCCUUGACUCCAGUUUAUAUUGAAUUGAAUUCACAAAUUGUUAUAAUGAAAAUUUUGCAAUGUUAAAUAUUAAUAUUGUGGAAUGUAUUCGAGGCCAAAACCAUAAAAGAAAAGCAUUGACCGAGUUUUUCUUUUAAAUCAUAAGUCAUUAUAUAAUGUUAUUACACAUUUUCAUACACAAGUAUUAGUCAAUGAUUUAAGAUCAUUCUUAGGUGAUGCAAGUACCAAAUACUUUAUUUAGUAUCCCAGGUGUUACAAGUAACAAUUUACUCAGUAUCCUUAGGUGUAACAAGUUACAAUUUAUUCAGUAUCCUUAGGUAAGUUACAAUUUAUUCAGUAUCCUUAGGUGUUACAAGUUACAAUUUAUUCUGUAUCCUUAGGUGUUACAAUUUAUUCAGUGAUACAAGUACCAAAUUCUUUAUCCUGUAUCCUUAGGUGUUACAAGUUACAAAUUCUUUAUUCUGUAUCCUUAGGUGUUACAAGUUACAAAUUCUUUAUUUUGUACAGUUGAACCUGUCAUAGCCCCUGUAUAAAGCAGCCACGCCAGUUUGCUGACUUCACCAACAAAUUUUUUGGUUCUAAUUUCAACUUGUCCAAAGCUUACAGUCAGCUUAUGUUUCAACUUGACAUUUUCAACAUGUCUUUAUGGCAGCCAGAUUAAGUUGCUUUCUUGGCGGACUGCUUCCUACAGGUUUGAAUGUAUGUUUGUUCAUAAUUUUUGAGUCGGUGUGAUAAGUUAAUUGCAAGUUCUGUAUGGUCGGCUUCUCAGCUAGUGGGUCUCGUUUUUGUGUUGAAGAAAUAUGCUCAAUCGUGUAAACAUUUAUAAUCCUUUUUUAUGUACAAAAGACAUAUUUAUACCAUUUCCUCAGCUCAGUAAAUUAGUCCCAGAAUUACGCUUAUAUACUCGUAGUUCUAAAAGCUUGUAAAGCUUAUAUUAGAGCUUAUUGUACUUGCGGUAGGCUCGCCUGUUGAAUGUAUUAACCUUUAGCCUGCUGGCGGCAAUUGUAUCUGCCUUUGCGACCAGUGCAGACCAAGAUCAGCCUGCACAUCCGUGCAGGCUGAUUAUGGUCUGCACUGUUUGCUAUUCAGUCAGUAAAUUUUUAGUGAACACCCCUACAAAUAACAAAUGGUAUUGCCCAGAUUGAAUGAAGGACCAGUCCAUUUUAGAAAUUUAGCAGGCUAAGGGUUGAUAACCUUACCUUAUCUUAUCAGUUAUGUUAGAGUAAUAGUUUAACUGUAGAAUAAAAAUGGAAAAAAGAAUUGGAAGCAUUUUGAUGUUUUAUUUGAUGUUUUGUUGCAGGGUAACUGAUUUGCAUAUUUUGAGCAGUGUAUGACAGUUUUGAACUUCAGUAUUAUAUCUUAAAAUGAUAUUACAAGUAUCAUAACUAAGUAUUUGGAUAUGUCAGAGAAUACAUCUGUAGUUAAACUAGUUGGGUUAUAACAAAAUUGUAUAAAGCAAUACUAUUCUGCUUAGUUGGGUUUUUUUGUUGAAUUUUAGUAUUUUUAACCCCUUUACAAAAAACUGUUUUUUUUUUGUUUUUUUUUUGUUUUUUGUUAAAUCAUCAAAUUGAAUGAUAGACUUUGACAAAGCUUGUAUCAGAAAUAUAAUGUACAUUAAAACAUUUUAGGCAGUUAUUUAGUUCUGAAAAAUAUUGUCAAAGAAUUGUAAACAUUAAGUGAUGCGUAUGACAGUUGAACCUGCCUGUAAUAAUGGUCACCUGUAUUAAACAGCUUCUUGCUUUAACCUUUACCCAGCUAAAUUUCUAAAAUGGACUGGUCCAUCAUUCAAUUUGGGAAAUACCAUUGAUUAUUCAAAGGGAUGUUCACUGAAAAUUUACUGACUGACUAGCGAACAGUGCACAGACCAUGAUCAGCUUGCACAUCCAUGCAAGCUGAUCAUGAUCUUCACUGUUUGCUAUUCAGUCAGAAAAUUUUCAGUGAAUACAUCUUUAUAUAGUAAGUGAUGCUACCAAUUGAAUGGUGGACCAGUCCAUUUUAAAAAUUUAGCAGGGUAAGGGGUAAACAGACAGCUGCUUAAUACAGGUGUGAUUGUAUGUAUAUGAUGAAUACAAGUUUCAUAAUUAGUAGGUAUAAUAUAAGAAAUUUAUUUACAAUCAUGUUUUUGUUAUACCAUUGAAUGUGUAUUGCAUAGUUGUAUUGUGUACACUGGAUUGGAUUGUAUUUGCCAUUUUUUUUAAAAAAAAUUUGGAUGAUGCUGGCAAUUAGACUUGCCAGGUAAAAAUGUAAUGAUUGUAAUUAAGUUGCAUCAUCACAAAAUUUAAAACAAGCCAAACACAUAAAUUUUUACAAGUUAUGAAAUAAAAAAGUGGUGACAAAUAUAAAUCCAAUCCGAAGUGUAUUAAGGUUUCUUUUUAAAGAUAUGCUGUGAUUCUUUACAAAAAUUACAGUAAAAUAACUAUAAUCUCUCAUGGUCGCACAAGGAUGAGCACAAUGCUGUUGUAACUGAGAAUUUUUAGCGAUGUAAGGAAAACAGCUGGGAAUUGUUCAAGCAAGCCUGAGUGCACGAGCCAUUGGUGUUGGACCAAGGUGUGUCCUACUGUAUAUUGUAGAUAUUUUAACACGCAUGUGAAAAAUUUGCUUAAGGAUGUGUGCAUCUUUAAACUUAAAGUCACAGAUUUCAACUGCAUGUAUAAAAUAUUGGAUUGUCAGGAAAUUUAGAAGCAAGUAUAUCUUUAAAUUUGAAACAAUGCUUUAAAGUAUUAAUAACACACCCAGUAUUUGACUGUUUUGCACUUUUCAGUAUUACCCAUUCUUGUCUGUGAUAGGCUAUGUACUGCUGCUUUGUUUUGUUACUGGAACUUUAUCCUUUGCUUAGAGAAUCUACUAGUAGUAUUGUUUGUUGGUUAUUUGUUGUGGCAGAUUUUUAAAGUAUUAGUAUUUAUAUGAACAUUGUUACGUUUUGAAAGUUUAUAUUUAUGUCAGGUGAACAGUAGAAUGGAGAAUGGUAGUAAAAAUGAACAGGAAAGUGGAACACUAUUAUUUAAUGGCUACAUGUUGGAAGAUUACCUCCCUUGCUUGGCUGCACUGUAAGAAAUUACCUCCCUUGAUUUUGUUUGGCUAAACUGGUGACUGCAUGAAAUAUUUCAAUGCUUGAAACAGAAAGCUUAAUGUAGUGUAAUAUAGAGUGAAAUAUAUUGAAUGUAGAUGAAGAAAGACAUGGUGUAUUGAAAUAUAAGAACAUUAUAGCCCCAACUGCUUAUGAUAUUUUGAUUGAUAUGAAACUUUUUUUUUUACAUUUUAGUAACUUUGUAGUGGACGUUUUUUAUGUUUGAUUCAUGAAAUGAUCACAACACAUUUAAUUGAAAUUGAUAAUAAAUGAGAAUAUUAUAUGAUGAUGUCCAACUUAAUACAAAUGUAUGUAGAAGUAUCCAUUUUAUAAAACAUAAAAAUCAGGUGCACAGUAUACUCCUAUAAUAUACAUAAUUGCCCUAAAUGAAUCAAAUCUUGUGGUUCAAAAAUAGCCAAAGGUUGUGGGACACAAUUCCUGCAACCAAAACUUUUUAUUAAAUAUAAGAUUUUUUAAGAUUGUUUAUGUUAUGCUGUUAUUAAUUUAGGUAGUUCUUAUUUGAAGCCAAAAAUUUAAAAGACAAUUAUAUUCCUGUUUUGAUAUUCAUUAAAUGAAGAGGUAAAUUUCAGUCUGUUGCAAGCUUGUUAGAAUAAAUGUCACAAACUA